AUGGCCGCUCGCUGCCCGAACCGUUACGGAGCCGUCGAGGAGGGAGGCGGGGGUUGCCCCGUAGGGCCCCCGAGUUUAACCCCGGGGGGCGUGGCCAGUGAGGGGGCGGGGACAGGGGGAGGAGCCAAUGGGAGUUCGCCCCGCCCCUCCGAGCACGCGGCGCUCUGGACCCGCCCCCUCCGCCCCGCCUCGAUUCUAAUUGGCCGGUUCGAAUCGCGCCCGCAGCCCCCCGCACCCCACGGCUGUUCCACUGCACCCCACGGCUGCUCCCCCGCACCCCACGGCUGUUCCACUGCACCCUACGGCUGCUCCCUGCACCCCACGGCUGCUCCACUGCACCCCACGGCUGCUCCCCCGCACCCCACGGCUGCUCCCCCGCACCCCACGGCUGUUCCACUGCACCCCACGGCUGCUCCACUGCACCCCACGGCUGCUCCCUGCACCCCACGGCUGCUCCCCCGCACCCCACGGCUGCUCUCUGCACCCCACGGCUGUUCCACUGCACCCUACGGCUGCUCCCCCGCACCCCACGGCUGUUCCAUUGCACCCCACGGCUGUUCCACUGCACCCCACGGCUGCUCCCUGCACCCCACAACUGCUCCAUCGCACCCCACAGCUGCUCCCCUGCACCCCACGGCUGUUCCACUGCACCCCACGGCCGCUCCCCUGCACCCCACGGCUGUUCCACUGCACCCCACGGCUGCUCCACUGCACCCCAUGCCUGAUCCCCCGCACCCCACGGCCGCUCCCCUGCACCCCACGGCUGUUCCACUGCACCCCACGGCUGCUCCUGCACCCCACGGCCGCUCCCCUGCACCCCACGGCCGCUCCCCCGCACCCCACGGCUGUUCCACUGCACCCCACAACUGCUCCCCUGCACCCCACAACUGCUCCCCUGCACCCCACGGCUGCUCCCUGCACCCCACAACUGCUCCCCCGCACCCCACGGCUGCUCCUGCACCCCACAACUGCUCCACUGCACCCCACGGCUGCUCCACUGCACCCCACGGCUGCUCCCCUGCACCCCACAACUGCUCCCUGCACCCCACAACUGCUCCCCGCACCCCACGGCUGCUCCCCCGCACCCCAUGCCUCAUCCCCUGCACCCCACGGCUGCUCCCCCGCACCCCACGGCUGUUCCACUGCACCCCACGGCUGCUCCACUGCACCCCAUGCCUGAUCCCCCGCACCCCACGGCCGCUCCCCUGCACCCCACGGCUGCUCCCUGCACCCCACGGCCGCUGCCCCGCACCCCACGGCCGCUCCCCUGCACCCCACGGCUGUUCCACUGCACCCCACGGCUGCUCCUGCACCCCACGGCCGCUGCCCCGCACCCCACGGCUGCUCCUGCACCCCACGGCGAUGAAUGCCCUGCUGCCCCCCGAGACCGCGGCUGGAGGGGCUUUCCCCGUGCCCUCCGGGUGGGGCAGGGCUGGGUGCCACCCCUCCGAGGGUUUCCAGCCCCUCUGUGCCACCCUGGGCCAGCCGGGGGGCAGAGGGACCCCUCCACCACAGCACCCCCCCUCCUCCCCGAACUGCGCUGUCUCUCCGUGUGAAUGA